AAAGAAGUCCUUUUUAUCUGUGGCCUGCAAGCAACGGACGCUGCCUCUGCACGGCACCGUGAAUUCUCCAUGGACGCGGCACCGGCAACAGCAACGAAUUUGUACAAAUCGGAUGAUGAAGACGAACAAGGAUCAUCGCCACCACCGUCGUUUUUUUCGUCACCACCGUCGUUUUUGUCGUCACCACCGUCUUCCUUCGAGAGAGAUCGUCACGUGGCGUACCUGGAGAUGAUGUACCGUGAGCUGCCUCAUCACUACCAGACGCAGGAGAUCAACCGCCUGACUCUCGCUUACUUCACCAUCUCUGGCCUCCACCUUCUACAGGCUUCAGAUCGAGUUGAUAGUGACAAGGUUGCUGGUUGGGUUUUAUCAUUCCUUGCUCAUCCAAGCAGCAAAGCUGAAUUGACAAAUGGUAUGAAGUUUUUCUAAUAAUUUUUAUUAUUUUCUUGGGUUGGAUUGCCCUAUUUGCAUUAAACAUCAUAGCAUUAU